UUUCUUCGAAUUAUUAAACCACUUCUUGCGCGAGUGCGAUGUUUGAAAUUUCGCGACGUUUCGAUGUAAAUCAUGCACUAAGCUGUUUGUAUACAAGUCGAGAUGAACUUUUCAGAACUGUUUAAGCAGACAAAUCAGCUGAGUAGAUUUUCACCAAAUGGCAAAUACUUGGGUAGUUGUGUCCAGUAUCGAUUACUUGUCAGAGAUAUCAAAACCCUCCAGAUUCUCCAACUCUACACUUGUUUAGAUGUUGUACAACAUGUAGAGUGGUCUUCUGAUUCCCUGUACAUACUUUGUGGCAUGUUAAAGAGAGGAAUAGUUCAAGUGUGGUCUUUAGAGAAACCAGACUGGACUUGUAAGAUUGAUGAGGGAUUAGCGGGAUUGACUGCUGUUAGAUGGAGUCCUGAUGGAAGACACAUUCUAUCCACCGCAGAUUUUCAGCUGAGAAUUUCUGUCUGGUCUCUGGUUAGCAAAUCUGUCAGUUACAUCAAGUAUCCAAAGCAUGCACAUGCAGGACUUGACUUUUCUAAAGAUGGUAAAUAUAUGGCUUUAGCUGAAAGAAGAAACUGCAAAGAUUGUAUAAGUAUAUUUGCUUGCUCUUCAUGGCAGCUAGUGAAGCAUUUUGAGGUGGAAACAAAUGAUUUGGCUGACUUGGCUUGGUCGCCUGAUGGUAGAGUUCUUUGCAUAUGGGACUCUCUCUUAAGAUAUGAACUAUUGGUUUAUUCAAUGGAUGGCCGUUGCCUAUCAAAAUACAGUGCAUACGAGUUUGCUCUGGGAAUCAAGUCUGUAUGCUGGUCUCCAUCCAGUCAGUUUCUAGCAAUUGGCAGCUUUGAUGAGAAGUGUCGCGUGUUGAACCACGUCACGUGGAAAAUUGUCGCAGAACACAACCAUAGUCACACGGUGGAUUCUCCGUCAGUGAUUGUUUACAGAGAAGUGGAGCUGAAGCCACCUUUGCUAAAAGGAGAGAUCAUGCCGCCUGGCGGGUUUACGGUGCAGAGUAAAUAUGAGGUUCAGCCAGGCCCAGUCCAGGUUCCGACGCUUAAACCUGACCCAGAAAAGGCAAACCCCAAACUUGGUGUUGGACAUGUGGCCUUUAGUCAAGACAACAGAUAUUUAGCAACUAAGAAUGACAACAUGCCUAAUGCUCUUUGGUUAUGGGAUGUGUCCAAGUUAUGUCUUACAGCAUUGCUACUGCAGACCAGUUCCGUGAGAGCUUUCCAGUGGGAUCCAAAACAACCCCGGCUAGCCGUCUGUACCGGAAAUAACAAGCUGUACAUUUGGUCGCCUGCAGGCUGCGUGUCGGUAGUCGUACCUACAGAAGCCACUUUCCAGAUCACAUCCUUACAGUUUCAUCCUGAUGGCAACAUUCUCCUACUGCUGGGAAAAGAUCACAUGUGCUUGUGUUUUCUGACAGACCCAAGGACAUAAUGGUGAAUUCAAAAGAUAUUCUUAUUAAAUUCGUAAGGCGAAAGCCAGGGUUAUAGAAUUGGUCGAUUGUUUUAACGGCAGAUCCCGAUUUCUUGCUUUUAGUAAGUUGUUACUCUUUCGUUGUAAUGAUUUCUUUAGAUAUCACGUUAUCAUAACUGGUAACUAUUGGAGACAUUCUUAACUAUGUAACUUAUUUCUGUUGAAACUUACGCUGUUAAUCCCUUUAUGACUCUUAUGGUUAAAUUAGAGCGCGUGGUUACUCUUACCACUUCCUUUGUCAUGUCUGUGGCGUAGUUUAAACCAAUUCCUGUGUUACUUUGGUUGUUUUUCAUUAUUUGAGCGCAUUUUACAUUAUACGUAGAUGUACUUGAUUCUUGAUAUUCCUGGGUGUAUAAACUAUACGUUUUGUACAGGAUGUUUAAAACGCAAGAUACUAGAUAUCGUUUUUGUCGAGUUUCUGUUCUUAAGAUUUUUCUGUUGGAGGAAUGACAUGUAAAUAGCAGGCGUAAUAUAAUUCCAGUGGCUUUGGGGCGGCGUUUGGAAAUAGUGGAGCAGGCCCUCAAUAUUAUUUGCGCCGCAGGACUCGCUUUUCUUCAUCCGCAGGAAGAUUUGAGACGAGUCGGAAAGGGUGUGGUGGGGGUCUGGCACUAAUGAUCUACGCUAGACCCUACGCUGGCACCUCGCCGGCGUUCGUUGCUUAGGGCCUCACACUCCAACGCAGGCGCACAAAAGCUCGUCCUCAAGCCGAAAUAAUGAGGGCUUGCUCGCAGGCUCGCAAAAAUGUUGAUCGCGGACGAAAGAGCUUAGUACCAUUGUUGUGGCUAUUUUGGCGUUCCAGUUACAUGAGGAAAGGAGACAAAAUGACUUACUGGGAAAAAUAAAUUUUAUUUACGUUUACUUGAUUAAUAGAAAAUCAAAUAUCAUUCAUGAAAGUAAAAAGACAAAUUUCUUUAGGCUUUCGGGAUUUAGCCCCAUUACAAUUGAUGAUUAAUUUUUGAAACAAAAAGAGCAUACAACUUUUUCUCAUAGUGCACUUUAUACUUGCAGCACUUUUCUUAGAUACUUCCUGUCAGAUAAUUAAAUUUUACUACACGAAGAGCGGGUUUGGGUCGGGCCACGAAGUGAACGCGACUCGAUCCAAGCCUCCUUCGUUUCCGCUCCUAUCGCACUGUUUACUAUUUCGCUCCGAUUUAUUAACUGAAUGCGUGGAGCAUAUCCGCGAUCUUCGAAACUCCGGAAACUAAACGUUGAAAUCUGAUAUCUCGCGAUCUUUUCUACUAAUAAUAAAACCUAAAGAUUAUUUCUUUGGUGCGCUUUGUGUUGACUAAACAAAUUAUGCCAUUUUGAAAA